AUGCCACUGACUGCCAAGCGGACUGGGGCCCGACGACAUCUUUUGAUCAGGGCUGUCGGGGUCUAUCAGUGGAGAAUGGCAGCCUAUUCUCCCGAGGAGCUGACGGAGCACACUGUGGAGGAAGCAGAAGCGGGAGAGCUAACCUCAGUCCCCCAGGAUGACCUUCCCAUGAAAGAUGAGUUUGUGGAGCAAAGCGGAGGGAUUGCCAAGGAGCAGACAUGUGAUCAAGAUUCAGCCGAGGCCACAGAGCUCUCAGGACAAGAAAUGGACAGCGAGUCGCAUGUGAGUGAGGCUAGUGACCGACUCUCAGACUUUGAGAGCCCUCCCAGAAAGGCAGAGGCCAACAUGGUGGCAUCGCCUGUGAAUGCUGACACCAAGACACCUCCCAUAGGCAUGGACACCUUAGAGCAAAUGAAGGCGAUCUACUCCAGCUUCCUGACCAGCCCUUUGUGGUCGCCUCUGAACCUAAAUUCCACUCCGCUACAGACGCACUCUGCAGUUUCAACAGAGAAGCCGACUCGCAGCAACAGCACGAGCAGCAGCAGUAGCUGCAGCAGUGGCAGCUACGACUGGCACCAGACGGCAGUGGCCAAGACGCUACAGCAACAUCCUCCCCAGAACCGCCACGCUGCCCAGUCCGAGCCCAGCCUCUUCAGCACAGUCCAGCUUCACAGACAAAACCCAAAGCUGUUCGGCUCCAUCUUCACCGGAGCCAGCAAAUUUCGUUGUAAGGGCUGCAGUGCCGCUUAUGAUACCCUGGUGGAGCUAACAGUUCACAUGAAUGAUACGGGCCACUACCGUGAUGACAACCAGGACAAGGCGGGCAGCAGCGCAAAGCGCUGGUCUAAGCCACGGAAGCGGUCCCUGUUGGAGAUGGAGGGUAAGGAGGAUGCCCAGAAGGUUUUAAAGUGUAUGUAUUGUGGCCACUCCUUUGAAUCCCUUCAAGACCUCAGUGUGCACAUGAUCAAGACCAAACACUACCAAAAAGUGCCUCUGAAGGAGCCCAUGGCCCCAGUUGCAGCCAAAAUAAUGUCCUCAAAGAAAAGGGGACUUGUGGGUUUGGACCUCACAUCUGUGCCACGUUCAAGAGAAGGAACUCCCAAAACAAAGGCAGACCUGAGCGAGUCCUCACAGAAGCGUUCCUCCAGCCCUUACACCACCCCUAGUAACCGAUACAGUCACCAGAAUGGUGGCAGCUACAGUUGGCAGUUCGAGUCCAACAAAUUGCAGAUCCUUAAAUGUAUGGAGUGUGGCAGCUCCUACAAUACACUCCAGGAGCUGAGGACCCACAUGAUGGUGACAGGACACUUCCUGAGGGUGACGAGCUCUGUGGGAAAGAGAAUCAAAACGCUUCCCGAGGCCACCUCCCCCAAUCCAGGGAGGGUCACCACACCUACUGAGCAGAGAGUCCAGUCUGUUCCACUUGCACCCUCCACCUUUUCUCCACCGCCUCUUCCGAGUACCACAACUCCUCCUGCCACCUCACCUCCUCUCAAGGAGAUAAAGAAGGAAGAGAUUGAGGAGGAGUGCACCAAGCAAGAGUCAGUUGGAAGUGAAAGGCAAGCCUCGGUUUUAGUUGGUAAAGAGGAGGAUGGCGAGAAAGAGGAAAAAUAUGACAUUUCAAAGUAUAACUAUCUGACAGAGGAGGAUCUGAAGGAAAGCCCCAAAGGAGGGUUGGACAUCCUCAAAUCGCUGGAAAACACAGUGACGUCAGCUAUCAACAAGGCACAGAGUGGGAACCCAAGCUGGGGAGGCUACCCAAGCAUCCACGCAGCCUACCAGUUCCCAAGUGCCAUCAAGCUUCAGCAGGGCAGCUUGGAAAAGAACUCGCAGAUGAAGUUCCUGUUCAAUGGAGGAGACGGAUCCAUGUCCUCCUAUGCUAAGAACCAGCCGCUCAUUUCUCCACCACUAACUCAGUCCUCCCCCUUUCCCACCAACAACUUUCAAGCGAUGGAAGAUUUGGUGAAAAAAGUGACAGAGAAAGUGGCAAAAGUUGAGCAAAGGGUUAAGCAGUUGUCUCCAAAGCGGGAGAACCAACAUUCCCCCUGUAGUAGUGAGGCAGGAGAAUCACACAAAGGAGGCGAGGCUGACUCACCUCGGGAAUGGAGGGAAGUCACACCAGCCAACAGUGACAGGGGAAGCCACAGUGACAGGACAUCCCCGGCAACAGAGCCCAAGAGAGACACCGCGGUCAGGUCCCCUGUUGCCUCGACUCUGAGAUGCAGCAAUGCCAUUAUCACUGGUCAUACUCCUCCUGAGCAGCCCUUUGUCAACCCUCUAAGUGCUCUUCAGUCUGUAAUGAACAUUCAUUUGGGGAAAGCAGCCAAACCCUCUUUACCAAAUCAAGAUCCCCUUAGCCUGCUUUCUAGGCUCAGCCAGAGCAUGACUGAGAAGGCUGCCGUGGCCACUCUUCCAUCACAGACCAAAAAGUCAGAAACUGUAGUUGACAACAGCUUUUCCCAGCCAAGUGACGACCAGCCUAUGGAUCUCACAAAAGGCAAAAAUGAUAAAGGAGGCUCUGUGGGAUCGGCCCCCCAGACGCCCUCAUCCACAGCUUCCUCCAUUUCCCCCAUCUCUCUUGUUACACCUGCAAAGCUGACCGUUGUCUCCCCUUACACAUCCAGCAGCCCUCUCCAUGAAAAUGCAUUGUCGGAUAUCUCAGACAUGCUUAGAAACUUGACACAAUCCCACCCCGUAGCAAAGCCUCCCCCGCGGUCCCGGGUUACCGAAAAAAUCGAAGUCGUAGGCUCUAAACACGACGAGGAUGACGCUUCUCUGCAUGGCCACAAACGCAAAGGCCGUCACUCCAAUUGGAACCCGCAGCACCUCCUUCUCCUGCAGGCCCAGUUUGCCUCUAGCCUGAGGCAGACAUCGGAUGGGAAAUAUAUCAUCAAUGACCUCAGCCCACAGGAAAGAAUGCACAUAUCUCGUUUCACCAGUCUCUCCAUGACUACCAUCAGCCACUGGCUGGCUAACGUCAAAUAUCAGCUGAGGAGAACAGGCCGAACCAAGUUCCUGAAGAACCUGGACUCCGGUCAGCCCAUAUUCUUCUGCAGUGACUGCGCCUCCCAGAUUCGAACCCCAGCAGCUUAUGUGUGCCACCUCGAGGCCCACCUGGGAUUCAGAAUCAGGGACCUGGCCAAGCUGUCCCCUAAGCAGACGGUCAGGGACACCAACGCUCUCACCGACAAAAUGGCACCCCUCGAGUCCUUCCUCUCUCCCCAGUCCGAAGACGACUGCAGCAGCAACGGAGCAGUGUACCGCUGCCAGCUCUGCGUCCGAAAAUUUGCCACUAAGCACGCCAUCAAGCUUCACCUCAGCAAGAGCCAUGGGAAGUCUCCGGAGGACCAUCUGCUAUACGUGUGCGAGCUGGAGAAGCAUUAA